AUGGCGGCUUUGAUGUCCCUUCAACGACCGUCCUCGGCUCCUCUCCCCCGCACUGAUCUUCAAAUUAUGGCAGACGCGUGGAGGUAUUUGAAUCGUCAAAUCCGGAAGCACCGUGCACGUCGACUUUCGAAGGCCGAGGCACAGCCAAAAUGUUAUGAGGGAUCAAUAAUCAGCAAAGCAGAUACUCUGGUCGGUUUGGAAGAGUCCAAGAGAUGA